GCUAUAUAAGAAUUUUAUGAAGCGAUAAGUAACUUAUUAUAGUAUUAGAAGAUACUAACAUUUAAAGGGAGAGUUAUAAAAUGGAUUUAAUUUUAGUAUGAGAAGAAGCUUUGGCAGAAAGCAGACGGAAACCAAAGUUUGUUUAUUCUCUAUGCGUGCGUGGUAUUUUGCUUCAUUGUAAAAUUAUAAAAUCAGUCAUCAAAGAGGUCCCUUCUCAGUUCACAUAAUAUAUGUGGAAACUUUUUUGUUCAUCGGAACUUCAAGUUUAAAGAUGACAGUUGUUAAACGGAGAAUCGCUAGCACAGAGACGAUUCAGCAUUUAUGGGAUGCCAUAGUAUAUGUUCGACAACAGAAGCAAGUCCCAAAUUUGGAGCGCAUUGCUAAUUACAUGCGAAGAAAGCAUCACAUUUCUCCUGAAGAACUGGAAAAGCAAAUAGAAUAUGCAGUUCACGAUACUCUCAUAGAAAUGAAGAAAAGAGUAGGUUGCAAGGGUUCUAAAGUUGGAGUUGAACAAGAUACAUACAGAAUACCAGAAAAAGAUGUGGAAAAAGAUGGGCAUGACUGGUAUUGCUUUGAAUGUCAUAAAGAAGGAGAAAUUAUCUAUUGUUCAACGUGUCACAGAGUAUAUCAUGAAGAUUGCAUAAAAGAAUCUGCCUCAGAAAAUGAAAAAUUUGUUUGUGAUGCAUGUAAGUUGGUUAAAACAAAGGACAUCCUGAAGAUCAAAAAAGAUGAUCUAAACCUCUUGUUAGGAUAUGCAUGCCUCAGGAUGAAAGAAAAAGCCCUAAAUUGUCGAGAACUUCACAAAAUGCCCCUGACAGAAGAUGAAAAAUGGCGCCAUAAUUACCUAAUCUUUGAAGAAAUGGAUUUGACUGUUAUAGAAGAUAAAACACAAGAAAAUGCCUACAAAUCUAUAGAAGAAUUCCAAGUUGAUGCUCAGACAUUAGUGCAUAAUAUUGUACUUUACUAUGGAGUUCAUAGUACAUUGGCAGAUACAGCUCGACAAAUGUUGAGAGAUUGUCGUUAUGACCUUGGAGAAAUUAGGCAAUGCAGAGAUUGUUACCGCACAUCCAAUGAAAAAAGUGACCGACACUGGUUUUGCCAGCCUUGUGACCCUCCUCAUGAACUAGUGUAUGCAAAACAAAAGGGUUUUCCAUAUUGGCCAGCAAAAGUAAUUCGUGUGAACAAUGGAGUAUAUGAUGUUCGAUUUUUUGGAGGAUAUCACCAAAGAGCUAAUAUUGAAAAAGACCAUAUUAAACCCAUUACCACUAGUUUGCAACAACUCCAAUUAAAAAGGAGUGCUGGACUCAAUAAGGCUUUGGAAGAAUUGAAACGUCAUCAGCAGCUCUUAGGUCAAACACCUGCUAAAGAUCUUUCACCCAAGAAAAACACUAAUAAAAAAGAAAGAUCACGUCCACGGUCUACCAGCUCAUCACGUUCAAAUUCGGGGUCAAGAUCUCGUUCACGCAAAGGUUCUGUUUCAAGUGAAGCAAUGUCAGAGAAUGAAGUUGAAGAUGGCAAUUCUUCACAAGAUGAAUGUCCCUCUUCAUCAUCACCGAAACAAGCCCGCUUUAAGGAUGCUCCCACCCCAGAGGAUCACAAUGUUGUUUCUUCUUCUUGCCAAGAAUCAUCUCCAUGUGCUAAAGUUACUGUUUCUACACAGACUCAUAAAAAGCUCUUAGCUUCUCUAAUACCUCCGAAACCGGUCAAACCUGAAGAAAAAGAAAUACCUCCAUGUGAUUGUGAGCAGAAAUAUAGUAAAAUGUUUAAGGAGUUUAAAGAGCGCCUUGAAGCUGAACAGAAAGAAGAAAAAGAACGAUCUCUCAGAGAAUUAGCAGAAAGAUUAAGGCAAGAUUUUGAGGAAGAAAAGCAAAGAGUUGUUUCAGCUGCAAUGGAAAAAGUAGAACAAGAUUUAGGUGAAGAAAAAAGAAAAUCAGAAGAUCAACUUCGAUCUGCUCAACAAAUGGAAGUCAGUGAAAUAAUGGAGCGUCAUCGGAUGGAAGUGUCUGAAAUCAAGAAAAAACAAUGGUGUUACAAUUGUGAAGCAGAAGCCAUUUAUCACUGUUGCUGGAAUACCUCUUAUUGCAGUGUUGAUUGUCAACAAGUCCAUUGGCACAAAGAGCACAAACGCACUUGUCGAAGAAAACGAUAAUACCUUCCAUUUCUCCCCAUGCAUUGGCUCUUGUGGUUCAAGGGAAACAAGUUUUGCCAAAGCCCAUUUCCAUCAUAACUCAAAGAGUAACUAUCAUUUUAUAUCAUUUGUUGAGUCCUGAUAUCAUCUGUGCAAGACUGUCCCACUAUUUAAAUGAAAUUGUUUCCUAUGUACAUGUGACUGUAAAACCCUAUUUUGCAAUUUCAUUUCGAGUGUUUUCAGGGUCAAAACUCAUCAGAAUAUCAGCAUCAUACAUAUGUAUCAUGAGGAUUUUUUAUAUUUAUAAUUUUUUGUCCAUCAUGGAAAUCUUUUCAAUUAAUGUAACAUUCCAUGACAAAAAAUUCUCCUGACAUCUGCAUUCAUUUUUAUACAUUCAUUUCAUAAUUAUUUUAAGUUUUUAUUAUUUUCUGCAACUUAUUUUUAAAUAUAAGUUUCACAAAUCAUGUUAAUGUGUAUCAGCUUUUUGUUUUUACAUUUCAUUGAUUUUAGAGAAAUCAUACAAGACUCCAGUAGGAAAUAAGAAGAAUAAGAUUUUAAAAUGGUAUUUGAACUAAGGUCUCUUAAACUUUUCUUUUAAGAAUGUCAGUCACCAUUAAGAUCCAAUAUAUUGAAAAGAAAUAGAGCACACUGCAUAGUUUUUGAAAUUUCAAAGUUGAUCAUGCAUGUCUUUUUCUUCCUUUUUAAAUAUCAAUAAGUAUUACAGAAGUGAUCUUUCUUCUUCUAAUAUAUGCUUAAUAAAAAAUAAAAACAAACCCUUUAAAAAAAACUUUUCA